CAUAUGUUCUUCCGGCUUCCAUGUCUGCCUUUUCGAUCGGUGUUGUCAGAAAACGUGGAUUUCCUUGAUAGUUUUCCUCAAAUUUGAAAAUGACCAUCCGACCAGCAUACAGACCCAAAAUCGUCAAGAAGCGCACAAAGCGCUUCAUCCGUCAUCAGUCUGACCGAUACGCUAAGCUAAAGCAAAAAUGGAGAAAACCCAAGGGUAUCGACAAUCGUGUUCGUCGUCGUUUCAAGGGCCAGUUUCUGAUGCCCAACAUCGGUUAUGGUUCCAACUCCAAGACCCGCCACAUGCUUCCAACGGGUUUCAAAAAAUUCUUGGUGCACAAUGUGCGUGAACUGGAAGUGCUCAUGAUGCAGAAUCGUGUCUACUGUGCAGAAAUCGCCCAUGGAGUGUCAUCCAAGAAGCGACGAGAUAUCGUCGAGAGGGCCAAGCAGCUCUCAAUCCGCGUGACGAAUCCCAAUGGAAGACUCCGUUCGCAGGAGAAUGAAUAAGCUGACCGUGUUAUUCUUAAGAAGGGAAUUAUCGGCCAAUAAAUGGAUAAAAUGGACAAAA